CAAUACACAAAAUACAUGAGAGAAAUACAAACAAAAUUUGUUUCGAACCGGGGCAGCAGCAUUUUUCCGCAUUUUUCGCACUCGAUUCGUGGCCGCCUGGCAACCGCGUCGUCAGUCGUCGUCGUUUGUCAACAAAGUUCGGAGCACAACCAAAAAGAUAUUCGACAAAAAUUAUAUACAUAUAUAAGAUAUUCAUCUAUAUAUUUUCCAUUAAUAAUACAAAUUGCACAUGAAAUUUAUUAUUAUUCCGAGCAGCAAGAACUGAGCAACAAAAGGAUUACAAAAUGCCGCCAAAGGGGAAAAAGGGGAAGAAGGGCAAAAAAAUGCCGGUUCUCAUCGACGGUGUGGACACGUCCUCCAUGACGCGCGAUCAACUUGAGGCGUUUGCGCUGCGCCUCAAGGCGGAAAUGGAUCGGGAGCGCGAGGAGCGCAACUAUUUCCAAUUGGAGCGCGACAAAAUACGCACCUUCUGGGACAUCACACGCACACAGUUGGAGGAGGUGAAGUAUGAGUUGCAGCAGAAGGAGAAGGAAAUCGAGACAGCACAGGAGCUGGCUGAUGUCGAUAUGAAGUACCUCCAGCAGCGGAUGAAGCAUCUGGCCUUCGAGAACAACAACCAUUUGGGCGAGCAACGCAUCGAGGCCAUGACGCAGCUAAAGCUGGCCCAGGAUCACCAUCGCAUGCAGGAGAGGGAGCUGUUGCGGGACAAGCGUUCGAUGAGACGCAUUCUCCGCGAGCGCAUGGAGAUAGCCGAGAUGCAGAUGCGCCAAAUGGAGGCGUAUUUCAACGAGAAGAUGCUCGACCAGCGAUUGUUCUUCGAGCAUGAGCGCAAGGACAACGAGAUGCUGCACGAGGAGCGAAUGCUGGAGCAGAAGAAGCAGUUAGAGCUGUUCUACGGCAUACAGAUGUUCGAGGAGGAGGAGCGCAAGAACCAGCAGAUCAAGAAUCUGCAACAGCACCACGAUCAGGCGUUCACAGACAUGAAGAAUUAUUAUAAUGACAUCACACUGAACAAUCUGGCGCUGAUCGGCAGCAUGAAGGAACAGUUGGAGUAUCUGCGUAGGCAGGCGGAGCGCAGCGAUCGCAUCGCCCACGAGAUGACCAUCGAGAAUCGAAAGCUGAAGGAGCCGCUGGAGCGGGCCAAGACCCAGCUGGCCGACUUGAAGCGCAAGCUGGAGUUCUAUGAGCGCGACAAGAUACAGAUGGCGCGUCUGAAGGUGCGCAACGAGAAGCUCGAUAAGCGCAUCAAGGAGCUCACUUGGGAGGCGGAGGCGCUCAUUCUGCGUAACGAGGGGCUGGCCAAGGAGCGCAAGGAGUUGAAAUUGCGCUUCAACGAGCUCAUUGUCGAGAUACAGCAAAGGGCUGGCCUCAAGAACGUCCUGCUCGAGCGCAAGCUGACGGCUUUGAUGCACGAGGACGAGAAGCGCGCAAUUAUUGUCGAGGAGACGCUCGAGAAGUGUCCGCCCAACCUAAAGCCCCAGAUGGGCCCCAUCGAUCAUCACAUACGCACUGUCGUCGACAAGAAGAACAAAAUCAUUAACGAUUUACGUUUCCAGUUGGCCAAGCUAAGCAAGAAGAAUGCCGAAAUGUAUGAGCUGUACGAGGGCAAGCUCAAGGCUCACGGCAUUCCCGUAGCCGAGCUCGGCUUCGAAUGUUUCGUCGAUCGCGAGGAUCCGGUGCGCUAUCUGUGCGGCCCAGCAGGCGUACUCACCGAUAACGCAUAAGCCAUUAUCCACCCGUUCACCCAUCCUAGAAGCUGAAGAGAGAUACCAAAACAAUGAAUAGUCGGCUAUUCGAUCGGGUUGACAUGCCAGACGAGUUGCGCAUGCGCGUUCGCUUUGAAUUUAUUUAACUUUUAUAUAUUCAUCGUGUAUAUAUGUAUAAGUAUUCCAUAUCAUAUAUGUAUAUAUAUAUAUAUAUAUCUAUAUAUAUAUGUAUAUAUGUGUAUAAUGUAUAUGUAUAAAAAAUGUUUGGAAAAGUAAAAAGGAAUCUGACACGAUGCAAACUAUAUGCAAUGCACAAAAUGUUUUGAAUAAUGUUUAAUACUAUAUCAAUCAAAUGCGCCUAUAUAGCAUAUUGCUGUCAUUUCGAUAUUCUAUUCGUUUGGUGGUUAGCCACAGAGUCGAGACCGAUUCUCUAAUUCUAAAUAUUAUCAGUAUCAUUAUCAUUAUCGCUAUCAAUA